UUCUUUGCAACCCCCCCCGGCACAUACCGCUUCACGGUACAAUGGCAUCCUCAGCAUUUUCCUUCGGCUUCGGCGGCGAUGACAUAGAGGGCGACUCUGUCCCGGUCGCCGAGGCCCCCGCGUCUGUCCCGGGACCCGAGACCCCGCCGUCUGCUACAGCCAGCGCCUUCCCGGUACCGGGCAAACCCCAGCUACCGCACACCAGUCAUGCCCUGCAGGAGAUGCUCGCGAGACUGCCCUCUAAGGUCGCCUUCAGCACUCUGGAUGUUACCCUUGAUGACGGAAGUGUCAUCCGCAUUCCGCGUCGAGAACUUUGGGACGUGCGAGUGCAGCUCAUGGCCGAGGAUGAGGCCGCCAGCGAGGGCCCCGAAGCCGAGGGUCUCGGCAGCCACGACGUCAAGACAGGCGUUUAUGAGGGCGGUUUCAAGAGUUGGGAGAGUAGCGUUGAUCUGGUCAAGGUACUCGCCAGCGGCCCAUACAUCGAAUCGUUGAAGCAACGGCCUCUCCGAGUGAUCGAGCUUGGAUGCGGCACAGCACUCCCUUCUCUGGCCCUAAUGCAGUGGGCCAUGAGGGAUUCGGCCCCAAGAUCGCCGCUUCUGCUCACUCUCGCCGACUACAACCCAACAGUUCUGCAGUUGGUGACACUGCCCAAUUUCAUCCUCGCUUGGGCUCUUGAACACAGAGGCCAAAGCCCUGUUUUACACGAGGCGUUUGCGCUCGAGGACGAACUCGAACUCACGCCUGAGGUGUUGCGGCUGUUCCAGGACUUCCUUGCCUCUUCUCAAAUUUCUCUCAACUUCCUUUCUGGUGGUUGGUCAGCCGAGUUGGUCAAUCUCCUGUACGAGACUCAGUCCAAGCUGGACAAGUCCGACAGCUUCGAUACCCUGCUUUUAGGAGCCGAAACCAUAUACUCGCCAUUCGCGCUGGAGGCCUUCAAUGAGAUGGUCUUCGCCCUCCUCAGCAAGGAGCAGAGCGAGCGCAGCAACUGCCAGUCGCAGGCGCUGGUCGGAGCAAAGAGGCUCUACUUUGGAGUGGGAGGUUCGCUCGAUGAUUUCGUCGACAAGGCCCGGGGAAAGGGCGCGACAGUGGUCCAGGUCAGAGAAGAGGCUGAGGGCGUCCGGCGGGGAGUCGUCUGCUGCACAUUGAACGCAUCCCAUUGAUAGACAUCGUUCUAGUCCAGGCCGUCGAUGAGGUGUCUGUCUUCAAUCCUUUGUGCCACUUCUACAGCGUCGUCGUCCAACACACUGCGUCUGAUUUUUCGAUGGAUGAAGACUGAAGCAUCAACUGUCAAGUCGAGAGAAGCGUUUCGGCAGGGCCACGACAGCCGGAGUGCCAACGCUUAACAAGAUGACUCGUUGACACUGCGAAUAGCCAUUCGUCUUGCCACAUUUUCGGAGAGGGCGGAGCAAGGGCUGCUUGUGCUAUAGAUGAUCGUUGUAUACUAUGUAUGCCCUGAGCCUCCAACAAGAUAUUGUCGUUUCGACUCUUGGGAUCAGUGGCGUACCCAUGUAGCCACUAUACGCGGGCGUUCGGUUCGCGAGACGUCUCACCCCUGGUUGAUGAGCGCGGCUGCGGCGCUGUAGAACUGUCAUCUGUCUGACCUGCCUCUGCUGGAACGGCACAAUUAGCGUUGGAAGUUGCAGCGGCGGGCAUUCCCGCCAUCACCACUAGGUGUUGUUCUUUUUACGUCACCCGCGUCAAGUCUGAAAACGUCGCAUUCCUGGCGCAGUUCCAUUCCAGCACCGUAUC